CUCGGUCCUGUGGGAGCAUCAGGGUGGCGUGUAGGAAGUGCUCCAGGGGAUUCUAAGGGGAGGCCCGGGUUAAGGACGUGGCUCCUGGUCCAUUUGUGAGAGCUGAGGCCUGGCUUCAGUCCAAGCAGAGGCAACAAGUUCUGCUCUGCAUGAGCUUUAAAGGGGCAAGUCAGUGCAGCCCACACACCCCAUGUUAGCAGAAUUUGGGGGACUUUAUAUGAAGAAAGAAGAGUAGACAACAACGACAACAAAUUGAUAGAUUGGUCUCCACGGGGGAGCUGAUUGUCCUGAGUCUCUCCUGAGACAAAGGACAGGAGAGGUUGGCGUUUCCCGCUUUUCAAGGCCCUUCUGCCUGUGCGGGUGUUGGGAGCAGGCGAAGGAGCUGUGCUGGAGCCUCUGAAGGUGCAAUCUUAUGACGCUGAGGUGAUUCCUCCACAGUCUUGAUGCGAAAACGACCCAGGGCAGCAGGAAGAAGAGGAGGAAAUGGCAGCUUCUCAGGCCCCCUUUGGAGUAAAGGAAGAAUCCCGGUGCUAGGUGUGAAUGAAUGAAGCGGAUGACACAGCGAUAUUGUCUCAUGACACCCAGGGUUUGUUCCCAAAGAAGCCGUGCAUAGGCGAUUCAUGUGUAAUGUGCUCAGAAAUUCUGAGAGCUCUCAGCUUGGAAAUGUGUACUUAAUGAAAGACUGGGAAAGUAAGGGGGGCUGUGAAGGGCCAAAAGGAUGUUGUUUUAGAUGUAACCAAAUCGGGACAAUUAUUCAUGAUGAAAACAUGAUUGCCAAAAGAAAUUGAGGAUAUGCAUCAACUUGGGAAAAAUUCCAUUUGAAGUGAAUAAGUUCUGCAGAAAAAUAUGUUUUUGUAAGCAAGAACCUACAUGAUUUAAAAAAACAAAACAUAUUCUCUGGUGUGAAAUUUUGAAAACAUGGAAAGUCAUCUAGUCUAUGCUACAAAUAAUCACUCAACCCAGUAUGAAUAUAGGUUUGAAUUCAGCAGUCAGUCAUACAUGUCUGAGAGCCAGAGAUUUGAAAAUGAAGGAAGAAAAUCUCACUACGAUCAGUUUGAGAGAUCCUUUAGUGAAGGCUCAUUAUUUUCCCACCAAGAAACAUUUUCUCCCUAUUCCAAUAUCUGUAAUGUCAAUAAUAAUGAGACAGUCUUUAUCCAGCUGCCGUCAUUCAAUGGGUAUCAUAGUACAGAUAAUGCGGAACAGCCUUCCAUGUGUAAUCCCACGAGUGAGGCCUUAAGCGAGAGCUCCAGCUUCAAUAAUUACAACAGUAUUUAUGAUGGAGCCAGAAUCUACCCAUGCCUCGAACCUGGGAAUCACUUUGACCAAGACUCAGGUCUCAUGAAUCAUCAGAGAACUCUAUGUUCAGAGAACCAUAGUGAUGAAUGUAGAAAUGUCUUUUAUCAAAGCUCAAAUCUUAUUACAAAUGGGAAUAUACAUAUUGAAGAGAAUAAUUACAAAUUCAGUGAAUGUGGUCAAGUUUCUGACCAGUCAUCAGAACUUACUCAACAUCUGAGUAUUCAUGCUAAGGAGAAACAUUGCAAGUGGAAUAAAUGUGGGAAAGUCUUUCCUCAAUUAUCAAAUCUAAAUAGACACAGGAAAAUCCACACCGGAGGGAAACCUAACCAAUGUGCAGAAUGUGGCAAAACCUUCAGCAAGUCCUCAGGCCUUACUCAACAUCUCACUGUUCAUACUGCAGAGAAGACUUACAAAUGUACAGAAUGUGGCAAAGCCUUUAAUCAGAGCUCAAACCUUAAUCGACAUAGGCGAAUCCAUACUAGGGAGAAACCAUAUAAAUGUCAGAAUUGUGGGAAAGUCUUUAACCGAAAUGCAAGACUUAAUCAACAUCAGCGAAUCCAUACUGGGGAGAAACCAUACAAAUGUGAAGAAUGUGGCAAAGCUUUUAUCAGUUGCUCAAAUCUUAAUCAGCAUCAGAGAAUUCAUACUGGGGAGAAGCCUUAUAAAUGUACAGAAUGUAACAAAGCUUUUAAUCAGCACUCAAACCUUAUCCAUCAUCAGAGAAUUCAUACUGGGAAGAAAUUAUACAAAUGUACAGAAUGUGGCAAAGCCUUUACUCAGAGUUCAAACCUUAAUCAACAUCAGCGAAUCCAUACUGGGGAGAAACCAUACAAGUGUAAAGAGUGUGGCAAAGCUUUUAUCACUUGCUCCAAACUUACUGAGCAUCAGAGAAGUCAUACUGGGGAGAAGCCUUAUAAAUGUACAGAAUGUAACAAAGCCUUUAAUCAUCACUCAAACCUUACACGUCAUCAGAGAAUUCAUGCUGGGAAGAAACUAUACAAAUGUACAGAAUGUGGCAAAGCCUUUAAUCAAAACUCAACACUUACUCAACAUCAGCGAAUUCAUACAGGAGAGAAGCCUUAUAAAUGUACAGAAUGUGGCAAAGCCUUUAAUCAAAACUCAACACUUACUCAACAUCAGCGAAUUCAUACAGGAGAGAAGCCUUAUCAAUGUACAGAAUGUGGCAAAGCCUUUAAUCAAAACUCAACACUUACUCAACAUCAACGAAUUCAUACUGGAAAGAGGCCUUAUAAAUGUACAGAAUGUGGCAAAGCCUUUAAUCAGAGUUCAAACCUUAGUCGACAUAGACGAAUUCAUGCUGGGGAGAAACCAUACAAAUGUAAAGAAUGAGGCAAAGCUUUUAACUGCCACUCAAAUCUUACUUGCCAUCAAAUAAUUCACACUGCCAAGUAGUCUUACAAAUAUAAAUAAUAUGACAAAGCCUUGAAGUGAGCUCUCACCUCACUCAGCAUCAGAGAGCGUGUGCUGGAGAGAGACCCUACAAAUGUAGUAAGUGAUGAAAGAGGUUUGUCCUAAGCAUACACAUCAGAAAAUGCCAGAGAGUUCAUACUGGGAAGAACGCUUAAUGCUGUAAAAAAUGUACAAAAUGAAUUUAAAAACUCAGGUCUAAAUAAAUAUCAGAGAAUUCAUCAAAGAUAGCAUUCAGUCAAUAACCCUUUUCUGGUAUUACUUUAAAUCAGGAUAUUAUAGAAAAUAAUCCAAAGUUAAAACUCUUAGAAAAAUUAUUUGUUACUUGGACCAUAGGAUCAAGGCAAGAAAUGUUGGACAAUAUAAUUAUUAUCAUUGUAUCCUUAUUCAUAUUGACAGUAUGUGAAAAUGAACUUUAAUAUAACUCAACUUUCAAAUGACUACAUGCUAUACCUUUGUUUCUGUGUGUAUGUGAACUAAUAUGCUUUUUUAAAACUAAUAUUCUUGAUCUCUGCUGCCUCAAAGUUAAACAAAACCCUUCUAUAAUAGGUGGAAAUAAUUUUUAUCUACUUUUUCAUGUACUAUUAAGGAUCUUGUAAUGUGAAAUGUACAGUGGAAGUCUAAAUGAAGGUGAUGAUUGUCAUUGUUUAAAACAUCCCUCUGUGUCACCAUUAGGUAAAUGUUCAGAGAAUAAUUCUUUGUAUUAAAGUAAGACAGAGAGUCAAAAUUUUAAAUAGUUGUGCCAAUGGUUUUUAUGGAUAUAAAGAUGGCAGCUCACUGAAAUCCUGAUGUAUUUUUAUAACAGCGAUAACUACAAGUCAUGAAUUUUAGUUGACAUGGUAACAAUCAGGAAGUCUUCACAGAUACCCAAGAGAAAUACAUGUAACCUUUUCCUGAAAGGUCAUGUAAUUAAUGUACAUCCUUAUUUACUAAAUAAUAGCUCUCUGUUUUGUAAACCAUAAAUAUCACAUUUCUCUGACCACUGUAUCACAAGAACAAGAAUGUUUCCAAAUGCUUGUAAUCUGUAUUUUGAUCAAAGAUUUUAGAGUAAACUUUGGAAAGUUUUAUUUAGAUUAUGUGUGAACUUACUAUAUGUUAAUCAAUAAAAGUGAACGGCUUUUCAUAUAUUAAA